UGUGAUAUGAACUAUCUCACUGUCCUUGCCUCUGGCACCACUCUUGAGAGGGGCUCAGCCCUAUUUUGAGAACUUUCUUACCUCUGGAGGGGAUCAGUAUGGUAGGAAAGUGACAGGGAACAAUGGAGACAUCAGUGCUGAGCCCCACAUCCUGGGAGAAAAGAAGAACCUGGCUACGACAGAGUCAUAACUGGCAAACCCAGGUCCUAGAAGAGGCAGCUACAGCUACCCUGCAGGAUGCAUUGGAUCCGGAGCCUUCCAGCCUGGAUAAUGUUUUCCCGGAAGGGAAUCCAAUCAGUAAGAUUGAGAACUGGCUGCAUGGCUGUGGAGACACUGAAGGGGGACUUUCUGAAGAAGCAGGACAAUCCAACUAUAAUGGGUACUCUAAUCAUGGGACAAGUUUUGAAGAUGACUUGAGUCUUGGAGCAGAUGCCACAGUACUGUCCAUCAAUGGAAACUUCUUCUCUAGGAAUUCCCUCCAGACACCCAGGCCUUGCCAGUUACUUGAUCUUGGCUGCAGUUUGGCUUCCAGCAACAUGACUGGUGGAACCAACAAAACCACUUCAAGCAUCUCAGAGAUUUUGGACCAGGUACAAGAAGAUGCAGAAGAUGUUCUCUUCAGCCUGGGCUUUGGUCAUGAGGACCACAAAGACACAUCUCGUAUCCCUGCAAGAUUUUUUACCAACCCUUCUCAGGCCAAAGGCAUUGACUUUCAGCUCUUCCUGAAGUCUCAGGUGCAAAGGAUUGAGAUGGAGGAUCCCUGCCUGAUGCUAGCCAGCCGGUUUAAGCAGGUGCAAACCCUGGCUGUCGCUGCUGAUGCUUUCUUCUGUCUGUACUCCUAUGUGUCUAAGACACCUAUCCAAAAGUUUACACCGUCUAACAUGUUCUGGAAUUGUGACUCAACUGAUGUGCCAUCCGUCAGGAUUCUGGCUCCAGAGCCUGAUUCCUAUUCACCCAGAGAACGUCUCCAGAAAGCAAUCUCUAAAAUGUGCCUGUAUACAGGUUCUCAAGAUUGGCUGUCAUCAUCUCACAACCCCAAAAUGAGCAGUUUGAACCAAGUUGUGUGGGAAGUGAUGGACAGAGUGAAAGGAGAGAAGCUAGGUCUCCAGCAAGGACUUGGACAUGGGCAAGCCCCUCAAGAAGAGUCUGUCCCCCCAGCACAAAAUACAAAACUGUCCACUUCUUCAUUUCCAUGCGUUUUCUGCCCUAGAGAAGAAACAUGGGGAGACUUGUGCCAUGCCCAUAUUCUAGCCAGAGCAGGUCCACAGUACAACACAGACUCUACACAGAUAACGAGAGAGCUACAGGCCAUUAAUGAGAAGCCCCAUUCAGCUGAGAAUGAGAGUCCAUGGGAAAGAAAAAGCAAAGCAAGAAAGAAAUUAUUUCAAAGGACUCCCUUGGAAAAGAAGAUUAAGUCACUAAACCUGUCUAUCAUCCAGCAGAAAUGAAAACAGAGCCAAGCCAGACAUGAGCUGCACCAAUCUUUAACUCAGCACUUUCAGGGUGAUUCUGAUUUGGAACAGGUGUUACAGAAGUGAGGGAGAGGCUGGAUACGAAUAGCUCUGAAUUCUUUCCCAGAAGAUAAAAGAACAAUGAUCUUAAGCAAAGCAAAUCUAUUGUCUUAUUUCCAUUGGACAAAAACCCCACAACUUGAGAACAUUUAGAAUUUUUUGUUAAGUGUGUUAAUACAAAUGUAGAAAGAGAAAGAGCCAUAGGUUCUUAAAAGAUUUUAGUUUCUUAUGUAACAUACCCGCACUGAUUUUUUAAUGUUUUUCAUGUAAGUGAAAUUGAAAAAGCUACUCAUUAUUUAAUAAAAUGUAUCUUUUAUACACAUAGGUAACCAUUAAGAUCCAGAAGUCCUGGUUCCAAACCUAAGAGUCUUAUCCAUUUAGCUCUGGAUGAAGCUUUUUCCAAAUCCACACUUUCUUCCCUUUUCUUUCUAUAGCUGGAUAGAUUUGGAAUCAUAAAGGAUUUUGCACACAUUUGUGUGAAUACUGAAAGCUGCAUAGCUAAGCACCAUAGCCACUUCCUACUGACAUGGAGAGGACAGUUCUUGCAAGAACAGACACCAAUGAAGGUCUCUACAAACAACUUAGGGUCAUUUGACAAGCAGAUUUUGUGAUCCUUGGUAACCAGUUUCUGAGAAGGGAUAGUUCAGGCUUCAGAUACUGCCCCAUCUACAGAUGCCUGUUCCCCCCUCUCCCAUGGUCUGUCUAAAACUUAGAAUUCCUUUACCUUGAAAUAACAUACCUCUCCCCUGAAGAUGCUACUUCCAUCAAAUGUCAGAAUCAUUUGGAAAAGCUCUCAAAUCCUUGCCACACAGAAAAGCUAUAAUCAUUUACAAUAAAAGUCACAUGCAUGUUACCACUCAUUGACUGAUUAUACAAGUCAUACUUGACUAUCAGGUGUCUGUCAGAGGAGACAAAGGCAUUCCUU